AUGAUCACCGUCCGCAUACCCGGCACGCUGACACCGAAUCUGGAUCACCAUAUGGCUUCCUCGACUACAAUGAACUGGGAGAGUCUAGCCAUCGAGGUCGAUCGUCUUCACCUCGGCAAUCGCCCCGCCGAGAUGAAUUUCAAGGGUAUCGUAGAAGACCCCGCGAUCGAUCUUAUAGCAGAUCUCUAA